AAUUGCUUCUCUGAGAACAUGUCGCAAGCCGAGUUAGACAAAAGUAUUGAAAUAAUAACCAGGACAGAGGAGCUGGCCGACAAGAUACUGGUCAACAAGCAGGAGCUGACGGUAAUGGACAGGCGGCGCCAGGAAACCCGGGAAGCAUUGCGACUGAUUGAGAAAUCGGAUGAGCCAAAAGUGUGGAUAACAAUUGGCAGCAUGUUGGUCAAAAUGAAACGAGCACAAGCAAUACAGCUGCUCAAGAAGGAUCAGGAGCAAAUAAAUCAACAAAUCAAUUUGAUAUACUCAGAGCAAAAGAUUCUGGUCAACAAACAUCGCGAUGUGGAAUUCAAGGCACCCUUUUCGGGCACCAAUAUCAAACCACUGGAUCGCAAGGAGUUCGAUGCCCUAAAGGCCAGUUUGCCUAUGCUUUAAAUUCGAUUCAACAUAAGUGUAAUAUAGCUAGAAAUAAAAACCGCGUUUCUUUUA